AUGAUAUGGGAACAUGGGAACGGUACCUGGGAAGAAGAAAAAUUUACCUUAGACUUGGAUUUUUUAAAUUUGCCGUACUACUUGGAUGAUAAAAUCAAACUCAAGCAGAGUACAGCUAUUUUGAGGUACUUGGCUCAAAAAUAUGAUUUGAAUGGAGAAACCGAGGAAGAGAAAUUACGUAUUUCGUUGAUUGAACAGCAAAUAAAGGAUCUUGGCAUUUUAUUCUUUCAAAGCGCUGGACUUUCGGAUUCUGAUGAAGCAAAAAAGUACUCUUUGAAAGUGGCCCGAGAUUCUCUAAGAUUGUACUCAAAAUUUCUUAGAGACAGAAAUUUCUUUGGAGGAAGCAAUAUUUCUCAUGUAGAUUUUAUGAUCUACAAUAAGUUUGAUUUUCAUGUGCUGUUUUCAAGGACGAUUUUGGAUGAUUUUCCAAAUUUGAAAACUUAUAUCAAAAUAUUCAGGAGUUUGCCUGAACUUCAGGAAUAUUUAAAUUCGACAUUCUAUAUAAGGCGGCCUAUUGUUGGAAUACCAGGGGUUUGUGCUUGUGGAAGUAGUGGUUAUAUGCCGUAA